AUGUCUUAUUCUACCAUAAUAUUUUUGUAUCUCGCCUUGUUAAGCCAAUGCCAUGCUGAUUUGAUAGCUGAUUUGUGCACCAAAUCCAACAAUCCCUCCCUAUGCAACCAAGCAUUAAGAUCUGACCCUCGAUCAAAGGGUGUUGAUGCUCGAGGCUUGGCUAGGAUCGCACUUGACAAUUCCUUAUCCGCCACACAAGCCUCCAUCAACGUAGCGAGGUCCAUGUCCAGCCCUGGCAACAAAGAUAAAAUCGAUACAUGUAUCGAGAACUUUGAUGAUGCAGUGGGCAACUUGCAAGAGGCCAAGCCCUUGAUACCGAAACUAGACAGGCCUAACAUCAGCACACUCCAAACCAAAGGUUCGACAGCUCUAACCGAUGUGAGACCUUGCAGCGAGGAAUUUGGAGCAAGCGAACCAACUAAAUUGAAGCAAGCUACUAAUAAAGCAUACACAUUUAUUCAGUUGCUCCUGAUUAUUGCUAAUACUUUGUAA